AGAUGGCGAGUAGAUCGAGUAUGUUUACGUUUAAAUGGAAUAACAUCUAAUACGUGCGGUUAUAUGUGAGAAAGAAAAAAGAAAUUAACCAUUUAUUAUUUAUAUAUUCGCAGCCGCCCCCCCCCUCCCCACCGUAAUAAUAAUACGGGGCGAUUAUUUAUUAAAAAGCUAUUUCAAGAAUGUCCAUCACGAUUCAACGAGUAUUUUACUCUCGCGUGCCUAAAAAUUAUUGGAAAAGUUUAAUGAGCCAAAGUUUUAGUGUAAGAACUAAUGAAACUCUUACUAGAGAAAAACCAACCGAUGACAGUUGCAAAACUAAUAUUCCGGCUCCUGAAGCGGGUAAAUUUCAAGCAGCGACCUUGAAUAAGUUCGAUAAUUCAUUGAUUAUACAAAAUCUAGAAUCAUUGAAAACGGCUCAACCAAACGAAGUUAUUAUAGACGUUCGUUACUGCACUGUAAAUCCUUCUGAUGUAUUAUUGAGUAAAAACUUGUACGUUUACGAACCAAAAUUGCCUAUUACGCUUGGAUAUGAGCUAGUCGGUGAAUUAGUUUACGUAGGAAAGGAUGCGCAAGACAAAGGCUAUAAAAUUGGGGACAAGGUUAUAGCACUUAAUAAAGAACGAUAUGGAGGCUUUGCGGAACAAUGCGUGGCAGAAGUAACCGAUAUCUGGAAAAUACCAUCAAAUGUUAAAUCGUUGGAUGCCGUAUGCCUUCUUAACGAUUAUAUGAGCGCCCUUAUCGCAUUGGAAAGAGUAGUGACUAUAGAUGAAAAUGAUAUGAUUUUAGUAAAUGUGGGCUUAAGCGGUAUAGGCCUGGCGACUAUUGAUCUUGCAACCAAUGUAUUUAGAUCGCAGGUAAUUGGUAUAUGUGUCAAUAACGACGACGCCGUUCUUGUUCGUAAUAGGGGUGUAUUUGCGUCCUUGGCAUACAAUGAACGAGACUUGUUAAAGUCCAUAGAAGAAAUUGCCGGCGAUAAAGGCAUUAAGGCUGUUUUUGAUGGAGACGGCGGUGAAUAUUUUAAGAAAGUUUUAAAAUGUUACACUGAUAUAUAUAAAAGCGGCACAUCAUUGAAAAAUUUACUGCGCGACGAUAAUUUUACCGUGGCGAUACAUCAUUUAUCUCGUGAAGGGCGCGUAGUAAUUGCUGGCGCUGCUGCUACUAAGACGCAAGAUGUACAAUCGAAGAUUGAACCAGGCUCUUUCAGUAUCACCGGUUUUAACCUCAAUGAAUACAGAAAGAAGGAUCCAGAUAGCUAUCGGCAAGCCGGAGAUGAAGUAUUAGAUUUUUACGAAGAAGGUCUCAUUAUUCCAAUUCAUUCUAUGACUUUUGGCCUGUACAAAGUAAACGAGGCUUUACGUUUUUCCUCCGAGGGAAGAACUUCUGCAAAGGUCAUUAUAGAUAUUAAGAAUAAAGAAGAAGAGAGAGUUAAUGUAGCCGAGGUUUGAAAAUAAAUUAUAUAAAUAUCCUAAUAGAUCUUAUAUUAUCAUUAUAUAUUAUAUGCGCUUCAUUAAGUUUUAUUUUUUAUCGCUUUGGUAUUAAUUCGAUAAAAGAGUGUUGUACAACGAUCGCUUAGUCUAUUGUAAUGGACUUACAUUAACCGACAUAUACUGAUAUUGCAUAACAUUAAAUGACUCGUUAUUAA